AUGAACGCAUAUUGCUUUAUAGCCCCAAUUAAAUGUUAUUACGUUCUCGAAAAUCAAAUUAUGUUUUAUUCUAAAGCAAUGCUUUUAUUAGCAUCCCAAUGUAUUUUACUUUUAUUUUGUUGGAUAUGGAAUCUUUCCUUUUCUUCUCUUGUUCCAACUUUAAUGUUCUCUCGGGGCGUGUCGGCCAUAAUAACAGAAAAAAGACGAAUCGAAUUAAGGAAUUUAUCUAAGGAAAUGUUUUAUCAUGGAUUUAAUAACUAUAUGAAAUAUGCUUUUCCUGAAGAUGAGUUAGAUCCAAUUAACUGCGUCGGAAGAGGAAGCGAUAAGAAAAAUCCAAAUAAUAUAUUAAUAAACGAUGUUCUUGGAGAUUUUUCAUUAACUCUAAUUGAUUCUCUCGAUUCCUUUGUGGUAUUUAAUGACAAAGUUGAAUUCGAAACUGCAGUUCGUAAUGUAAUCAAACAUGUUUCAUUCGAUCAAAACAAUAGAGUACAAGUAUUUGAAGCGAAUAUUCGCGUAUUAGGAGCUCUGUUAUCAGCUCAUUUAUUUGCCACCGAUUCUCGAUUUGGUUUUAAGAUUGAAGGUUAUAAUAAUGAAUUACUGGAUUUAGCUUAUGAUUUGGGACAAAGAUUAUUACCAGCAUUUCAAAACACAAAUACAGGAAUUCCUUACGCAAGAGUAAAUUUGAAACAUGGUGUGAUGAAUAGUGAAACAGAUGAGACUUGUACUGCAGGUGCUGGUACUUUUAUCUUAGAAUUUGGUGUCUUAAGUAGAUUAAAGAAUGAUACUCGUUUUGAGGAAGCUGCACGUAGAGCGUUAUUUGGUUUAUGGGAUAGAAGAACAGAUUUAGAUUUAGUUGGAAAUGUUAUAAACAUUCAAACUGGACAAUGGAUACAUACCGCUUCUAGUACUGGAGCUGGUAUUGAUUCAUUUUACGAAUAUUUAAUUAAAGCUUAUGUACUUUUUGGAGAAACAGAAUAUUUGGAUAUUUUUAAUGAAGCAUAUGCUGCAAUUUUAAAAUAUGUUCGAGAUGAAUCGGGAUAUUUGUAUCGAAAUGUUAAUAUGAUGAACGGAGGAUUAAUGUCAAGUUGGAUAGAUAGUUUAUCAGCAUUUUUUCCUGGUUUACAGGUAUUUUCUGGUGAUUUGGAUACCGCUAUAAAAUCUCAUUUAUUUUAUUUUAAUAUUUGGAGAAAAUAUCGAGCUAUUCCGGAAAGAUUCAAUUUUUAUUUAAAAAAUGUUGAAAUUUCUUCAUAUCCUCUUAGGCCUGAAUUUAUUGAAUCCACAUAUUUAUUAUAUCAAGCUACUAAGGAUCCUUUUUAUCUUCAAGUUGGCGAGAUGGUAUUACAGGAUUUAGAAUCAAUUUCACGUGUAAAAUGUGGAUAUGCUUCUAUUAAGAAUGUAUUUACUAAAAAAUUGGAUGAUCGCAUGGAAAGCUUUGCAUUAAGCGAAACAUUUAAAUAUUUAUAUUUAUUAUUUGACACUGAUAAUUUUCUCAAUAAAUUAGACGAUAAUUUUGUUUUCACAACUGAAGCACACAUUAUACCAUUGCCUGUUCAAUAUUUAAAAAAAUCAAAACGAGAUAUUAUUCCUAAAACAGAAAAUCUUACAUGUCAAGCUUAUCAAAAGAAACCAACCCAAUUUGCUGCAUCUAUUACAAAUCGACCUGACGCAGAUUUUGCAAGAGAAUUGGUUGGACUUGAGGAAAUAUCAUUACCACCAUUAGAUCCUCAUGGAUAUUGUGAAGUUCCUGAAACAGAUCCUUUAAUAAUAAGUAUCGGCUUUACCAACUCUGAUCCCGAUUCCCAACGACCUUUCCAACAAUUAGUACAAUAUUUUAAUGGAAUAAUUGCAAAUAGUUUGUCAGGCUUGAAAUUAGAAUUGACAAGAAGAGCUGAUCGCAAGGGUUAUGAUGUAACUAAAGUGGACGAUAUGAGGAUUCUUCCUGGACAAAUUUUUGAAAUACGAGACCCAGCUAUAAAGCAAACAUGGAUUAAGCAACAAAAAUAUGAGACUUCGAUUGUUCGAGUAUUCCAUGAUUCACACGAAGAUUAUUCAGAUUAUAUUGGAGCAAUGGCUUCUUUUGGACCACAAAUCACAGAGGCACUACCUAUCUCUUAUCUGAUAAAAAUACCACUAUCAUCAAAUGGUUGUAAAUCAUUUAAAGCUGAAGAGAACAUAAUAAAAGAUAAAAUAUUAUUUGUUAAACGUGGUGGAUGCACCUUUGUCGAGAAGGUUUCAAAUGCUCAAGCUGCUGGAGCGAAAGCACUUUUAGUUGCUAGUGAUGAUAAUGUUUUAUUUAGACCAGUUCCUUCUUCUGAAAAUGAUGAGUCUAUUUAUUCAAUACCUUGUAUUCUUAUAACUAAUGAAUCCGGAAUGGAAUUGGAUAAACUUUUAUCAAAAUCAUCAGAUGUACGAAUAACAUUAAUGCCUGAUAUCCGUGAACCAUCAACUUACAUUUCUAAUGAUAGUAAUAAUGAGCUUCUAUUAGUAAUUCAUGGUAGAAUAAUACGAAAUGUUCGACUUAAUUUUAAUGGUCAAUAA